AUGGGCUUCCACACCGUGCUGGCCGCCCCUCUGUACCUGCUCGCUCUCCAGACCCUGGUGGUGGUCCCAGGGGGGUCUUUGGCUCUGGGGCAGCUGGAGCGCUGGGUCCGGUCCGGUCUUCAGUCUCUGCAGUUGAACCGAUGUCUCUGGACGUCGUCUCUGUCCGAGGCAGAGUGCAGGAGGCGGUCCCAUCUCCCACUGUCCUCUCUGGCCGUGUAUGUGUCCGAGCCGCACGCCGGACCAGGAUACUGGGAGAAGGUGGUGGCCGUUCUCCCAGACACCUCGGCUUCUCUGGGGUCUAAGGCUCAGGGCAGUUACAGUGUGCGGAGGUCAGGACAGACCCUGACCACGGCCCACGACGCCGUGCUGGUCCUGGACCCAAGUCCAGGGGAGGAUUUUGGACACGCAGUGGUCCUGUUCUAUGUGGACAUGAACGUGACGAAGAAGAGGUGCUCCCACAUGGACGGCAUUUACCUGGGAGAGGAGUGUCUCACAUUGGCUUUGAAAGGUCAGUGUCAGAACCAGCUAAAGCGGCGUCUUCGGGCCGGCCUGGUCACCAGCUCCAGUCGGACGGUGGAGCGGACCGGAGGAGGGCUCUGUGAGGUCCACUUCCUCCCACUAGUGGUCAGCAUGGGGGACAGCAACCGCACCCAGAGGCUGAAAUGUGUGGAUAACGCCGAGUUUGCACCAUGCCCCCUGUCGCCGCCCUUGAGCUCGCCCAGUUUACCCGUCUCCAGCUGUGAACUCAACAAAAACACUCGCAGGUGCCAUCAGCAGCCUCUGGCCAUGCACCUGUCCUGCCGACUGUACCAGACCUGUGACCACGCUGUGCUCCUGUCAGGUGGAUGGCAACAGCAGAUGACUUUCCUGCGCCAUGUACAAAACCUUCAGGAGUUUUACCAGAUGCUUCGAAACAACGGUUUUCAUAAAAAUCACAUCAGGACCUUCUUUGCCAACGGCGGACAGGUCCUCGAGGAGUUGGAGGGUGUGUAUCCUGCUACAGAGAAGACAGCGAUUCGUAAUCAUGUGUCGUACAUCUGUCGAAAGCAGCACUGUGCAGACACUCUGGUGCUGUACCUGAACUCGCCCACACGCACUGACGGCACCAUGCUGCUCUGGGACGCCAACCUUAAUGGCAUUGCGGACUUAAAGGAGAGAUACUCAGUGAACGAGCUCUUGUCUGACCUGGCUGGAUGCAGGGCAGCCCGGGUUCUGCUCUUUGUGGACCAAAGCUACAGUGGAGUAUUGUACAAACGGCUGAAAGGAUCCCAAAAACACACAAACGUGGUUCUGAUCCAGAACCCGUCCAAACAGUCCAAGUACCACAGGGGCAUCCUGGACUGGCAACAGAAUAGCUGGGCACACAUCAGCCCUCCCACGUGUCUCCUGGACCAUUUAGGAAAGGGAGCUGGGGCGUCUCAUCUGCUGGAGCCUUGGGCAAGUCUUCUGAAUGUGACGCUGGCUGGAGCACCUUGUAAUGUCACGCCUCCUCUAACAGACAGUGAGCUGCGGAGGGAGUACCAGGGCUGUCAAAACCUACCCACUGCUCUGUGGCAUCAGAAACUACGGAGAAUCAAGUAGAGAGGGUACACAG